UCGUGUAGCUCGGGCUGAGAGAUCUGGAGCGGAAUUGAGGUAUCUCGCCCUUCUGGGUCUGCUUAGAUUCGUUUUUCUCUCUGGUUUCUGAGUUGGAGUCUGGAUCCGUAUCGAUCACUCUCGUGGGUUCUUGCCUUUUGUGAUGGAAAGCUAGUGAUUUGCUUGGAUAUUGGUUUACAGGUUGAGUUCACUAAUGUCAGGUGUAGCAUUUUAGCUCUGAGAGAGAGGAUUUUAGCUGGAUUUUGGUAUAUUGAUCGGCUAUAUAUAUAGGUGCUGUUCAUCGGUUGGGCUUUGAAGCUUGAGCUUUGGAUCUUUGAGAAUUAGGACUUGGAAUCUUGGAUUAGGGUACUGAGAUUUCCCCUGAUGGAUCAUUCGAGACCCAGGCAAAGUGACCAUUUGGGUGUGAAUAAGAUUGGGAAGAACAUUAGGAAGAGUCCUUUGCACCAACCGAAUUUCGGUAACGGUAAUGCUGUGAGGCCUCAGCCACAGCCUCAGGUUUAUAACAUUAGCAAGAACGACUUUAGGAGUAUAGUUCAGCAGCUAACGGGUUCUCCAUCACGUGAGAGCCUCCCUCAGCCUCCUCAGAACCCACUAAAGCCUCAGAAUACUCGGUUGCAGAAGAUAAGACCGGCACCUCUGACUCAGUUUAACAGACCUCCGGUUCCUUCCCCGGCUGCUAUGGCUCCACUACCACCUGCUCAAUUUAGGCCCCCGCCUCAGCCUUAUGCUCAGCCAUUGCCACAAGCUAUGCAACCGAUGAUGGGUCAUGGGGAUCCGGCUUGGUCUAAUACAGCUGAGUCUCCUGUUUCGGUGUAUAUGCGUUAUCUUCAAAGUUCUCUUGCUGAAUCUGGACCCAAUGGAAACCAUGUGCAACCGGGUAUGCCGGCUCAAUCCCAACCACCGGGUCAAACGGGUCAUCCUCAACUUCAGCACCAUGCGCCGGGUCAAUCUCAGAUGCAUCCACCACAGUUUGGAUCAGUUCCUUACCCAGCCAUGCCGGCUCAACCAAUGCCACCCAAUCUUCCUUCCCCGCGGUUUAAUGGACCUGUGCCAGUCAUGCCUGCUUUGCCCUCUCCCCGGUUUAAUGGUCCUCCCCAACCGAUGCACGGUCUUCCUUCUCCUCAAUUCAACGGUCCCGGGCUACUACCAUCCCCGACUUCCCAGUUCCUUCUGCCCUCUCCCACCGCUUACCCGAGCCUUUUCUCCCCAAGAUCACCUUACCCAUUACUGUCGCCUGGAGUUCAAUAUCCUCCACCACUGACACCAACCUUCAUGUUUUCGCCUAUGGGUCAGCCCGGAGUUCUUGGCCCGGGGCCGGGCCCUCAACCUCCUCCAUCUCCGGGUCUCAUGUUCCCGUUAUCGCCAUCCGGGUUUUUCCCAAUCUCAAGUCCAAGAUGGAGAGAUCGCUAGGAGGGGAGGGUGAUCAUCUUCUUCUUCUAGCUUUCUGGUAUGUGUAUGUUGAAUAACAUAAUCUGAUAGUGUCUGUAUUAUGGGAAGAGCAAAUCCUAGGAGCUGUAAGACAAGAAAGGAGCUGUAGAACAAGACAAGAUUAGAAACAUGUUUUUUUUUU